AUCGAAGACCAGGCCAACCACCACAUACACCGCCCACGAUGAAAUUCCUCCUCCCCAGCCUUGCCCUCCUCUCCGCCACCACCUCCGCGCACUACACCUUCCCGGCCCUCAUCGCCAAUGGCGCCACAACCUCCUCCUGGCAAUACGUGCGCAAAACCACAAACUACCAAUCCAAUGGGCCUGUCACCGACGUCACAUCCACUCAAAUCCGAUGCUACGAGCUCGCACCCGGAACAGCCUCCCAGACCAUGACGGUGAAAGCGGGAGAUACUCUGGGGUUCACAGCUCAAAGUAGUAUCAGUCACCCAGGCCCACUAAUGUUUUAUAUGGCAAAGGUGCCAAGUGGCAAGACGGCGGCGACGUGGGACGGUAGUGGGGAAGUGUGGUUUAAGAUUUUCGAACAGGGGGCCACUAUUACAAGUGCGGGGAUGAGUUGGGCGAGUCAAGGCGCCAAACAAGCCACCGUCACAAUCCCCAAAUCCCUCCCGUCAGGCGACUACCUUUUCCGUAUCGAACACAUCGGCUUGCACUCUGCAGGCUCUGCUGGUGGGGCUCAAUUCUAUAUUUCAUGUGCCCAAAUUACGGUUACGGAUGGUGGCAGUGGGAGUCCAAGCCCGCUGGUCAGCUUCCCUGGCGCGUAUAAGGCGUCGGAUCCGGGGAUUAUGCUUAAUAUUUAUUAUCCCGUGCCGAAGAGUUACACUUGCCCCGGGCCGAAGGUUUGGUCUGGGUAG